GUAGUCAUAGAACAUGAUAACUUUAUAAACAUCAUGGGAAUAGCACCCAAAGGAUUCGACACCUUAGGAACAGUAAAACUAACUGUUAUGGGUAAGAAACACAUCUUUCAUGUGUUACCCUCAAGUAUACCUUUACAUGAGGACAUUAUAUUAGGCAAUCCAUUUCUCUACGGAGAGAAAGUGAAUAUUCAGUUCGGGGAUGAGGUCCUAAUCACCGAAAGCCAACCAAUAACACCAGUGCCUUUUGUACAUAAGCAUUUCCCCGAAAAUCAGGAGGACGUGGACAUAAAAUAUGGCCAAAUAAAUGUUGAAGGACAAUCUUCGGAAGGUAAAGAGACGGCCGUAGAAGAGUACGAAUUUCCGUAUGAGUCCGAAGCCAUCGAUCCUAAAGUUCAGGACUUGCCGACCAGACCGUACAAUCCAAACGGAUUCAAAUUGAAAGCUAAUACAGUUUUCAAGCUACCAGCUAGAGCCAAGGUUCCCGUGAGAAUACCCGCUACAGAAGAUUCAGUACAAGGGCAGGCUUACUUAAGGCUGAUCAAGACCGUCCCGGGAGUAUACAUUGGGGAAGCUGCAGUAAUGAAUGAAAAGGGUUACUGUUAUGCAAUGGCCAUAAAUACCAGAGAAGACCCAGUAGAAAUCGAAAUCUCGCCGCAACAUCUUGAAGAAUUCGAUUUAAGUGAAGAUGAUGACUUCCUGGACUUUCCACUGGAAGGCGAAGCUCCGAAAAAUUCGGAAGAAAGAAUAAAUUUUAUUAUGGAAAAGGUUAGAAAAACGUAUCAUAAGAGACACGAAUUGAGACAGAUACAACGAAUAGUGAAGAAAUAUUCACAUUUGUUUUAUCUACCUGGAGAUCCAGCACCUAGGACAUCUUGUGUGAGACAUAAGAUCCGGACGACGGAUGAGGAGCCAGUCCGAGUAAAAUAUAAAAGAGGACCAACAGGACAAGAAGAGGAGUUGUUCAGUCAGUUACAGAAACUCCUGGACGCUCGAGUCAUCAGACGUUCAAACAGUCCAUUUUGCAGUCCGUGUAGAAUUGUUCCAAAGAAACCAGGACCGGACGGUAAAAGGAAAUACAGUGUGCCAUUAAAAAUGUGGAGGACACUGUUUCUGACGCUGUUCUGGUUGACAAUAAGCUUAUAAACAAUGAUUUGCAACUUUCGUUUUUGAACACAUUUUGAACCCCUAUAGCGCGGUAAAGUACUAAAAAUCAAAAAUUUUUAAUAGUUUACGAGUUGUAAACAAUUGUUGAUAAAUUGUUAAUUAUGCAUAAUAUUGACCAAUACAAUAAUUAUCGAUAUUGAUAGAGACAAUAGGUAAUAAUAAAAUAUACUAGAUUUAAUAUUCAUCAAGUUAAAUUUACAACUGUACGCACCUGCACGUGACUAGUAUAAGCACACAUAUAUAUACAUACACAGGAAAAUAAAUACAUAUAAAACAAGGGUCGAUAAACCAGGACGUGCUGCCAUCUCAAGAUUUGAGAAAUAAAAAGAAAAGUUCAGCACUAUGAUACUGGCAAACCAUCGCGAGGUCACAUCGAUAGUGCAUCGAACUUCAAAAUGCAGCGCUCAGCAAAAAUGAUAGACUCAGCAGAAAUGCACUCGCGGUUCAUCGCGUAUGCCACGAGGAACAGUGUGAAAUUGUACACAGCCACGACAAGUGUUAGAAAAAUGGAAACAGUCCAAGUCGCAGAAAAAGUGUUACUUGGAGCCCUUGAACAGCUAAAAAGGGCUCAAUUAUUUGUGGAAAGAGCAGAAGAACGAUAUUGGAAGGAGUGGGCGCAUUCUAAAUUAAACCAUAAAAGUGUGUUAAGUGAAAGUGAAAUAGUAAAAGGACGAGUGUUGCAAGACGGAUUAGCGAGACCGCCGAGUCCGCGCGCACAUGCACCAUCGGAUGCGCGCGCGGAGGGGGACGAGUCGCGGGAGAGCGACAGUCCGCCGAAUCCGCCGAGCCAUCCGAGUCCGCGCGCACACACAACAGCGGAGGAGCGCGCGGAGGGGGACAGUCCGCCGAGUCCGCCGAGUCCGCUGAGUCCGCCGAGCCUGCCGAGUCCGCUGAGUCCGCCGAGCCCGCCGCGUCCGCGCGCUCAUGUGUACGCAGCAGAGCCGGCGGAGGGGGACGAGUCGCGAGAGACGGCGAGUCCGUUAAGCCCGCCGAGUCCGCGCGUACAAGUGCGACCAUUAGACGUCACGGAGUGGGACAAUAACGCAAGUCCGCGCGCACGCACACUUACUGCUGUGAGCGCGGAAGGAAACGAGUCGCGAGAAACCGUGAAUCAGCUGUGUCCCCCAAGCUUGACCAUUAAUUCAGAACAGCCAGCAAAGAAGAGAAACAAACAUAGUGUGCUACAAUAUCAGACCCGGGAAGAAGAGCCUAAAUUAAAGAAGGCAAAAAUUGAAAACCGCUACAUAUUAGUCCCCAAUCAGCAACAGUUAUUCAUAUCAACCGACGUUUUAAUUUACUGGAUAACCUGGUUCUGGAAAAGUCCAGCGAAUAGGGGAAUUGAGGAAGGACAACCGAAAACAAAAAUUAAUAAAACAAAAUCGCAAAAGAAAGAUAAGAAAGGAAAAGCUAAGAAAACGCAUAAUAAUACUGAAACAGAAGAA